GUUAACAUGAUAAUUUCGAAAGUCGGCUUCCAUUAAAGAACAUGAAUUUCAGGUCAUAGUCAAAUGUCAAUCAUUCAACAAGACGUCAUUACUUUUGUUUGACAAGAAACUUUUAAUGGAUCCAAGAAUUGCUUGGUAUCAACCAGAACAUUUAGGAAUAGCACAUGAUAUAUGGACGUACAUUAUAGAAGCACAAUUAGGCGUGACAAAUAUGUCGCUGAAUAACAACGUGAACUCGAACAUGGACCAGAAGCAGAAAGAGUUUAUCCCUCUGAAUUACACAAAUGACUUUGAAAAGAAGCAUGCACCAACUAAUAGACAAUUAAGUGUACAGAAUGCGGAAAAUAGUUUUAAAAGAAAAAGAGACAAUCGUGCAAGCACUUACGGAUUAAAUCAUUCCUCUUAUAAGCAUAAAAUGCUUGAUGGAAUGACUCCGUGGAAGCCUAAAGAUAAAAUGUAUUCCCCUGAUGUUAUUGGAUUACAUGAAGAAAUCAAAAAUUUUUAUGACUAUAUGUCACCCACAUUAGAAGAGGCCAACAUGAGAAAUGAAGUGGUAGGAAGAAUCAAAGAAGUUAUUCAGGAGUUAUGGCCUGAAGCAAAGAUGGAGAUUUUUGGUAGUUUUAGAACUGGAUUGUAUCUACCUACAAGUGACAUCGAUUUAGUAGUGUUCGGAAAGUGGGAGAAUCUACCUUUGUUUACCUUGGAGAAAGCAUUACUGGAAAGGGGGAUAACCGAUAGAAAAGACUUGAAAGUUUUAGAUAAAGCUUCCGUCCCAAUUAUAAAACUCACAGAUCUACAGACAGACAUAAAAGUAGAUAUCAGUUUCAAUACACAGAAUGCAGUUGAAAGUGCCAAAUUGAUAAAGAAUUUCAUGGAAAAUUUUCCAAAUUUGAAGUAUCUAGUCCUUGUCCUGAAACAGUUCCUUUUACAAAGAGAUCUGAACGAGGUGUUCACAGGUGGAAUUAGUAGUUAUAGUCUAAUAUACAUGACAAUUAGCUUUUUACAGUUACACCCUAGAAUAGAUGCUAAGGAUCCAAGAGCUAAUUUAGGAGUGUUAUUAAUUGAGUGUUUUGAACUAUAUGGAAGGACAUUCAAUUAUUUGAAAGCUGGCAUUCGAAUAAAGAAUGGUGGUUCUUAUGUGCCAAAGGAAGAAAUUCAAAAGAACAUGGAUAGUGGUUAUAGGCCAUCUCUACUUAGUAUUGAGGAUCCUUUGACAAAAGGGAAUGAUAUUGGACGCAGUUCAUAUGGUGCUAUGCAAGUGAAAUAUGCUUUUGAAUAUGCAUACUUGGUGCUCAGCUAUACGAUAACACCUCAGGGUACUUUCUUGUCCAAACCAAAUCAAAGUAUAUUGGGAAGAAUAGUUCGUGUGACAGAUGAGGUAGUAGAGUAUAGAAAGUGGGUAAAAGAGAACUUCCAUACAGUCGUACCUAGAAAUACUAUUCCUGAGUCCACAAGUAGAAGUUAUGCUAGUGUGGCAAAUGUCAAAGCUGCAGAUAAAGACCAGGAUAGCAACAGGGCAAGUCCAGAUGAAGUUGGGAGAGAUGACAAAUCAGAUUCAAGUUCUAUUUAUAAGUCUUCAUCAAGUUCAGCAUCAAAUUGUUCAACAUCUAGUUUGACUAGUGAUUCUGAAACAGAAACUGAUACCGUUCAGGUUAAAGAAUCUUGCACAAAACAAACAAACACUGCACCAAAUAGCAGUAAAACUGCAACAAAACAAGGAUCUUUCCAACAUAGUAAAGAAUUUGUUCGUAGUAGAGACUACAAUAAAAAUCCUACACACAAACGAGAUGGAAGCUCGAGUAGUGUUUCAUCCAACCGGUCAGGAAGUAAUAAUCGUCCCCGUCCCGUCUCAAGUGGUGCUAGCUAUGACUAUUAUGGACAAGGCAAAUCUGUUGGCCAUUCGAAUGGACAUGUUGGACACAAUUAUAACAAGAACUACAGAGGACAUGGGCAUCAAAACGGCAAUCCACAGGGUAGUAAAGUCUUUAAAAGACGGAAAAACAGUGCACCUUUUAAUUCACAAACUAACAAUAAUUUUAGGAGAGACAAUGUUCAAACGAAUGCAACUGGCACUAGAUAGUAGGAGCUGUUAAACAGUGAGAGAGUGAGAGACAUGAAACUUAAAAUGUGAGAUGACCGUUUAUGCUACAUUAAUGGAGGCUGACUUUUGUUUCAAUGUAAAUACACAUUUUUUUUUUUAAUCAAGUUUCGUUUCAUGGAUUUGAUUCUUAAAGAAACUUUGAAAAAAUCUCAGCAACUUUGUUUCAUGUAUGUUGAAGUCAUGAAUAAAUUUACAUUUAUUUAAAAAUUUGAUUUAACGACGAAACUUAAUUUAAAAAAAAAAGAAAAAAAACACUACAAAGUUAGAGAAAAAAAUAUGAACCAACAUUCAUAGUGUAUAUUUAUCAUGUAAAGUCAUAUUUUAUUAUAAGAAGGUAAUCAAUUUGUAAUGUUAAAUUAUUCAUUCAUAAAGUGUAGUAAUUUACUUUAUGCAGGUAUAUUUUUCCAGUUUCAUAGUUAUAAAUACAGGAUCAGAAAAUCAUAUGGUAAUCAUGCCACAUUUAAUUAUAACUGUAUUUCUUGAAGUUUUUCAUACUUUAAACAAUUUCUCAUAAAUCUGAAAUACAUUUAUUGAUUUACAGUAUUGUUAAUUUGCUUUUGAUUUCUAAUACACCAAUGCGUACACACAAUAGAAAUACUACACAUCAAAUUUAUUUUCAAAUAUAAUCAUCUUGGUAAAUUAAGACCAUCUUUAUGACAUUUUUCUGUACAUUAUUAAUUUCUCAUAUUCAGAGAAAAUUGUGAAAUUGGAACAACAUGCCUUUCAUCUAGAAAAAAAGAGGAUAACUAGCUUUACAUUUUACAUUCAAAAGCCUUAUUCUGUGUUAUGCACAGGUUAAAUCAAGUUGUGAUACUUAUGAAAGAGAGUGGGAAGAAAGUUUUAUGAAUGUUUUAUUAUAUAAGUGAGAGAGAUCAAUGUUUAUUCUUAACAGUGUUGUGAAUAAGUGUAAUUGAAUUGAAUAUACAACAACAAGUAAUCUCUUGAAUGAAAACUUCCCUAAGAAAUACAGGCACUUCAGUGAAGUGUGUACUACUUGACCAUAUCAUUUAUCGUUGUGUUUGUGUGGUCUUGUAGAAAUUUUUAAGUAGCGAAAGUUAAAAAAAAAAAUAAGGGUUUUGUUGUUUGUUGCAAUAUUAUAUAAUACCUUUAGGUUUUGUUUGUGAAAAUAUAUCAGAGACCAAACCAAUAGAAUUCAUUUCAACUGAAACCACUGUCAUGCAAAGUGAUACUCAUAGACUUAUUAUUUUUUGUUUACUACUUAAAUCUGUCACAUACUUAUUUACAUGUGAAAAGGGUUGUCUGUAAGAUUAGCAGCUGUUGGGAAUGAAUAGAUAUACAAUUUUGUACCAAAGAUAAAGUUUUAAAGUGCUACUUCAUUGUUUGACUGUUACAGUUGUUUAAAACAAAUCCUAAUGAAUUCUAUACCUCUCUCUUUAAGUUAAUACUUAUCCGUAAUGAAAUAACUAAAUGUUUUCAGGAACAUUGAUGAUAUCCUUAAUGUCUGUAAAAGAUCAACAUUUAUAAAAUAUUCUUUUUAGUUAAAGCUAAGCAUUUGUAUGGGUAGUUUAUAAGAAUGAUUAUUCGUUCUUAAUAAAUCUCAAGUAUUCGUAAGGACAGUUUAUUAAAAAUAUGAUGCUAAAGUAGAACCAUCCAAUAUCAUUUGAUGUCUGUAUAUAUAUGUAUAUGAUGUAUGUUAUUAGUGCUAUAAGUAAAAUAAAAUAUAUUCAAUUAAGACACCAAACUUUCUUGUUAAUUUGAAGUGUAUGAUUAAAUGUAGAUUCAUGAAUAAAAAACCAGUAGUAAGCAGUGGGCAUAAGGGGAAAGAAAUCCAUGACAUCUCUUAGAUAUAUUUUUGCCAGGGCAUUUUUUAAAAGGUUAUAAUGUUUACUUGAGUUUGUAUAUGACUGCUGGGGAUCAAAAGCGUUGUACAUAUCAUGUUUGUUUUAGUUUUAUGUUUUAGGAAUGUGAAGUGAGAGUAAAGUGUAUCAAGUGCCCCAUUUUACUGAGAUUGUUUCAUGUUUAUAUAUGUAUGUAUGUGUUCAUCAACCUACCAUUUUGUUAAUCACUUUCAUUUUAUCAUUGUCAAUUGUGUUUCAUAUUUUAGUUUUAUAUAGCUUGUCACUACAAAAUAUUUCAUUGUCAAAGUGCGUCAUUAGAACUAUGCAUAUAAAAGGUGUAAAUUUUCUUAAAGACGUUGAGAUGUGAAUAUUAUUACGAGUGGAUUUGAAUGUGCAUUUCUGUAUAGAUAAAAUCUUAUUUUGUAAUGACAAACUAGAUAAAUGCUCCAUGUUUUUGUUGACUGUUACAACUUUUUGUUACUUGUCAUUUUACAAGCUAGUCAGUAUUUUCAACCAUGCCAAAUUUUAUCUACUUUGACCAUAGGUCGCUUCAUUGUAUGUGGGAUUGAAUUCUUCAUCACUUGUUUGAGGCGUAUGAAUAAAAGGUGAUAUUUUGUGCUGUAUGGAUGAAUCAUCCAAAUUAAGUUUUCUAACAAUAACUUUUUCAUCGUAAGUGAUGUCUCAAAGAGAAAUCAUACAUUCUCUACUUAAUAUUCCAAAUAAUGUGAAUAUAAGGUUUCACCUAUUAUGGAUUAUCAGUACGGCAGAUGCAAUAAGUAACACAGAAAAAAAAUCUGCUGUACACGAUUUCAAAAUCCAUUGUAAUGCAAUGGCAAUCAGAAACACAGACAAAAAUCUGCUGUACGCGAUUGCCAUAUCCCUUGUAUUGCAAUGGAAAUCAUAAACAAACUAAAAUCUGCUGUACAUAAUAGCAAAAAAAAUUGUUUUUAAUAGCAAUCAUGAUCAUAGAUUGUAUUGUAUCUGCUGUACGGAUAGCAGGUAAUAGGGCGUGGUUUUGAUCUAUAAUGGAAAGGCAGCAGUUAUUUCAACAUCCGUAAUAUGAUUGCCCACAGAAUUAGGCUAGGCAAGUCUUGGUGCUUUUAAUAUAAAGAAUAUAAAAAGUGAUAUAAAAGCCUUGUUGUUGCAUUUGAAUUAAGGAGCAAUACAAUUGGGCCAUACUUUUGUACAUAUUACUGUAAUCAACAUUUGUGUCAGUUUUAACCAAUUGUGAUAGUAAUUUGUGCAUCAUCUAUGCCAACUAUGAAUUAAAACAUUUUUUUUUUUUAAAAAAAAACCCAAAUUAUUUUGAAAUUAUUUCUUAUAAGCAAAAUUAGUUGUACAGCAUAUAAUAGAAUUGGUUAACAAUUUGAAGUAGGUCAAAAUCUCAAAAUUAAUUAUUUAUUCAUGAUGUGUUUGCUGUGCUGAUUAAAAGCAUUCUAAGCAUUGUGUACCUCUACGUAUGAUGUGGAUGCACAUUUUAUCAAAGGAAUUCUGCAUUUAUUGAUACUAGUCCAAUGAUACUAACAUUUUGGUGUUUCCCUGUCAAAAUGGCCAGUUUAAUAAAAUGCAAUUAUAAUACAUGUAACACAAAUUUAUCUCAGUUGUUUGAAGAUCAUGAAGCAAUGUUAUGUAAAUGUUAUUUUUGUUUAUAUGUUAUUUUGUUACACAUUUGUCAAAGCAGAAAUCCUUUCAUUUGAUUAUUGUCUUUCUGUAGGAAUUUUAUAAUUUGUCUGUUGUAGUGUUAUAUUUUAUUGCAAAUAGAAAAUUAUUGAAAAAAAUAUUAAUAACAAAUUAUGCUAUAAGUUUCAGACUUACCUCUAGUGGAAAGUAAAAUGAGUUUAAAGAAAAUGAUUUUGUAUUUGGUCUUAAAUAUUAGGUCUUAUUACAAGUAUAGGUUCUAUAUUUAGUAUGUAUUUUUGUUAAUCAGGUUUGCUUAUACCCAAAAUGGUUAAAUGCCAGAAAUAGAAAGAAAAAGGUAUGACGAAAUUUAAUUAUUUGCUGUGAUUUUUUUUUUCUUCAAACAAGGAAAAUUGUGUGAAAAAUUGAACAAUUGUACAUCAUAAAUAACUAGUCAUUUUAUAGUUCCUUCAUCUGGAAAUCCUGAAAUUCACUUUAUAAAACAAUCUGUUUCCAUGACUUUAAAUUCACUUGAAAUUUAUAUUUGCAUUUGAUCCAAUUUAAAACUUUUGAAAAAUUUGAAUAAGUGGAUUUAAUGAAUUAUACAUGGGAGAAAAAAAAAAUAAAAAAAAAUCCACAAAUUUUUUUACCUUUCUAAAUAGAAUUUCUUACAAACAUUAAUUAUUUUGUUAGUCGACAGAUUCACAGAUCUAAGAUAGUACUGCAUUUUUAGUGUCGAAACAAGAUAUUGCUCAAGGUUAAAGUAUGUGUAUUUUUGUGAUGUAAGUUGUAAUUACUCAGUUUUAUUUCAUAUUGGAUAUAUUUUUUGCUAUAUUUUGUUCAUUUUUUCUGUAUAAGUAUAAGCUGUGGUACAGCAUUUUAUUCUGAGACUAAUUAACUUUUAUAAAGUCAAACUGAUAUUGUUUAAUUGAAAUGAAUGCAUAAUAAAACAAUGCCAUUUUGGGUUCUAAGUAAAUUAGUUCAUUCUAUGCAGUUUUUAUAUGACAUUAUUUUCUCUACAAAAUAGAGAUUAUCUUCAAAAUUAGAAAAAAUAUUAUGAUUGAAUGUAUCAACAGAUGUUUAAAGUUUUUGAUAAAUUAAAAGAACUUGCUUUUUUAACGUCUAUAUUUAUUCUCCUUAAAUGAUUUUGUAGAGAACUGUGAUGUUACAUUUUAUAUUUUACAACACUACAUUUUUUAUUUAAACACUAAAAUAUGAAUAAAAGUUUUUCAUGUAUAAUAGUCAAAAGAUUAUUAUAUUAAAAAUAUACACUAUUUAAAUUACCCAACUUGAUGAAAAGUUAUUUUUAAGGAAAAUUUUACCUUUUAAUAAAUCAUCUGAGGAAAAAUAAUGUUAUAAAGUUAUUAAGUGGGUAAAAAGGAAAAAAGUCACAAGAUUAAUUUGUUUAUCAGUACAAUAUAAUGAAAUUGAAUUAUUCGAAACAGUUACUACCGAGAGAAAAACAAUUCUAGCAAAUCAAAGUUGUUUUCUUUGUAUCAAAAAGGUUCUGAAGUUUUUCUGUACCAUUUUCAUAACAGUUCAACUGUUAAAAUAUUUCAGUAUUUUGAGAAAUAUUAAGCAUUAUAUGUUAAGCAUAUUAAUCUUUUGACUGGAUUCCUUGUAAUAUAAAUGUUCACACAUACAAUGCAGAAGUUCUGCAAGAUGUAUUUAUAUUGAAAAUAUGUUUAAAAUCGUUUAUAUUGAUAGAUCACAAAGAUCUGUGCAAUAUUGUUACUGUAAAAGAAGAUAAAAAAAAAAAUAAAAACAAUAAAAUGAAAUAAAAAUGAAAACAAG